GGAAAAUGGCGGACGUCUCAGGGUUAUUGCGGAGUUUUUUUCAAAUAUGACAUACGGUUCAUGGUAGUUAGAUGGGUCAUGGGUUUGUUUCGGACCAGGAGGGUGAAAGACUUGGUUUUGAGGAAAUGUUUUGUUACUAUUUUCAUGCUACUCUCCUGUGCAUCGUGUGUUUCCAUGGUGGGUUACUGGGUUUAUACUGACCCAAGUGCAGCAAAUGCCUGGAUAUUUUCAUCCAUCUCCCUGAGUGAAAAUUUUGGAGAGAAGCUACGACAUUGGAAAACUGCAGUUUUAGAAGCGAAUGUACACGAGGCAAAUUCUUUAGCACGGCGCAAUGGUUCUUAUCUCACAUAUACAGGGGACCUUUUCUUAUCAGAAUCUGGAACAUGGGAACCAAUUAGUCCACCCAUCCAGUUGAACAGUUCAGAUCUGUGUCCAGAAACAAGGCUUCCAGAUUUAGAAGGUCGAUUAGAGGUAAAUAUGUCUGAGAUAACAAUGAGUCAAGUUGAAUCUAGAAUGUUUCAGACAUCAGAGAAUGGAUAUGCAGUACAUCAAAUGGUUUCUCUUGCUAAUAAAAGAUUACAGUCAUCAAUGGUGCUUAAUAAUUAUGCUGACGCAGUCUAUGGUUUUGGACUUAGCUUAGAUAUUGAUAGUUAUACUUAUUUACCUGGUGGCCAUUGGGUUCCAAAAGAUUGUAAGCCAAAAUGGAAGGUUGGCAUAAUUGUUCCAUUUAGAGAUAGAUAUGAACAUUUACCAAUAUUAUUGAGGCACGUAGUUCCCAUGUUGCAGAGACAAAGACUGGAAUUUGCUUUCUUUGUUAUAGAACAGGCUAAUCAGGAGAGUUUUAACAGGGCUAUGUUAUUCAACGUUGGCUUCCUAGAGUCACUCAAGUUUCAUUACUGGGAUUGCUUUCUCUUCCAUGAUGUUGAUCACAUACCUGAGAAUGAUAGGAACUACUAUGGUUGUGGUACAAUGCCCAGACACUUUGUGAGAGGUUUAGACAAGUAUGGCUACAGGUAAGAACUAAUAAUAGUUGAGUCCUACAGUACAGUUCUCGCGAAACCUUUGGCUUCACUUCAGCGNAUCAACGGUUUUCCAAACAGUUUUUGGGGCUGGGGUGGAGAAGAUGAUGACUUGUGGAAUAGAGUGUCAUUUGCUGGAUAUGAAGUGUCAAGGCCUGUAGGUAGUAUAGGAUAUUAUAAAUCAAUUCAACAUCAUCAUAAAGGAACACCACAAAAUCUAGCAAGAUUUUCUCUACUAUGGAAAUCGAAAGAGAGGAAUCGAUAUGAUGGGUUAAGUAACUGUAUGUACGGCCAUGCUACCAUAAGUGUACACUCACUGUACUUCAAUAUAUCUGUGGAUAUACGCAAAGUAGACAUUAUAAUGGACUCUUAA